UUGAAUUGCAGUCUAAAUAAAACGGUACAUUUAUAAUUCUCUCCUCUAUUACCACUAUCAAUUAUGUUUUGUAAGCUCCUGCUCAGACAAACAAGAAGGAAAUGAACUCCACCACAACAGGAGCUUCCAACAACUCUACAAUGGGAUCUGGAACAGAUGGAAUCUGGGAAGCGGACGAAAUAGAAAUUUGGAUUUUCAGCAUCAGUCUCUUGUUUGGUCCUCCUACACACUCCUAUGUUAUAUGGCUCAUCGUCACAGGAUCAGGACGUGGAGUUGCAUCAGAGUUCUUCCAGCUCAAUCUCUUUUGUUGUGAGAUUUGUUUCUGUGUGGAUUUUCUUUUCUUUAUAUUGUCAAAAUAUAUUUCAAGUCUCUUGCCAUUAGCACUUUUAAUACAAGGAUUUGGGAUGACCGGUCGUCCUCUGUUUCAGUGUCUGAUCUGUGUUGAGCGUUACCUGGCAGUGGUUCAUCCUGUAACCUUUCUGAAGUACAAACCUCUCAGAUAUAGAGUGAUCUGCUGCACUGUGGCCUGGAUAACCACUCUUGCCUCCUGUUUGGUCUGCCUGAUCAUAUAUUUGUUAUUUACAGUGACUGUACAUGCAUGGUUCUUCUUGAUGCAGUUCCUCCUCUUCUGCUCCAUCCAGUUGUUUUGUCUUAUGGCUGUUCUCAGAGCUCUGAAGCAGUCAGGACCAGGAGAGAAAUGGAGAAAGAGAGAGAGAGAGGAGGAAAACCACAUGAAGAAAAGAGCAUUUCAUCUCAUUCUAAUAACUACUGCGACCUUGGUUAUCACAUAUAUGCCAAUUACUUUCUCUGUAAUCUUAACCAUUCUGACACAGCAUGACAGUUUGCCAUUUUGGUCUCCUUCUCUGAUUUGUUAUAUUCUUGGUAGUUUUGUUCAGCCUCUUCAUUAUCUGCACCAGGCUGGAAAAAUCUCCUGUCUUUGUUCUCCAUAA